AAAUACUUUUUUGCAGCCUGUGAAGCAGGUAAAUAUGGUCCCUUGUGUCAACAUGUCUGUGACACUUGCAUGAACAGGGACUGUGACCCUGAAACAGGACAGUGUCUGCAGGGCUGUGUGGCUGGAUACAUGGACAACAAUUGUCAGACAGCUUGUGAAGGUACUUAUGGCAUUAACUGCUUCAAGCCGUGUGGCAAGUGUAAGGACAACAAAGUUUGUGACCGUGAAACUGGACACUGUAAGUUCGGCUGUGAUCCUGGUUACAGGUCUCCAUCUUCUUAUCCCAGGCUCUGUGAUACACAAUGCAAAUUUAAAUAUGGCCACAACUGUGAGAAUAACUGUGGAGCUUGUUACAGUGGUGAACCAUGUGAUAUUGUCACUGGUAUCUGCUCCGGAGGUUGCCAGGAUGGAUACACUAAUGAUCGAUGCAACAGCAGUUGCCCAAGCUUCUUUUAUGGCAAGAACUGUGCGAAAAGAUGUGGAAUUUGUAAAGACAAUUCAAGCUGCGAUCCUUUCACUGGCCGCUGUGUUUUGGGGUGCGGUGAUGGCCAUAUUGGGUUUGAGUGCAUUGAACAGAUGGUGAUUGAGAGCGAGACUGGUAGUUUUGUUAUAUGGGCCGGUGUGGCAGGUGCUGUGCUCUUUGCUGUUAUAAUUCUGGUGGUGAUAUGCAUUGUUUACAAAAAACGCAAGCGCCAGAAUUUGAAGGCACUGAAAAACAAAUCUGUGGACCAAGGAGAGAAUAAUUUGAUAAGAGAUGAGAGUGUUCACCUUCUGGGUGAUUCAAGAAUUGGCAGUGAACCGCCUUCGUCUGCUAGAGAUGAAGACGACACCUACAGGAACAAUAUCCACGAGCCAAUUUACAUGAAUGUUAACAACAGGAAACAAACCAGCCCGGUGCCAGUGUCUGAACUGUAUGACUAUAUCGCCAAGAAUCAGGAACACAACUGCCAGGGCUUCAUGAAAGAGUUUGAGGAACUUCCAAUGGGGCUGCUUGCACUCUGUGAUGUGGCCCGAAGGCAGGAGAACAAAGUCAAGAACAGAUAUGGAAAUAUUGUUGCUUAUGACCAUUCUCGAGUUAUACUGGAUCCUCUGCCCAAUGAACCACACUCAGAUUAUGUCAAUGCCAACUUUAUGGAUGGAUAUUCCAGACCAAAGAUGUACAUUGCUUCUCAGGGUCCAAACAAAGUGAUGAUACGUGACUUCUGGAGAAUGGUUUGGCAACAGAAAGUGUCCAAAAUUGUCAUGCUAACAAACCUUAUGGAGGCUUGCAAGAAAAAGUGUGAGCAGUACUGGCCGGACGAGGGCAGUCAGAAAUAUGGAGACCUCACAGUACUGCUGGUGAACACCACCAAGUAUACAGACUUUGUCAUCAGGACUUUCGAGCUGAUGAAGGAAAUGGAAAACAGCAGAAUUGUGAAGCAAUUUCAUUUCACCACCUGGUCAGACCACGGAGCUCCCACUUACCCAACUACAUUGUUGUCUUUCAGAAGAAAGGUGUUGAACUUUAAGCCAGAGGACACUGCUCCUAUACUCUCUCACUGCAGUGCUGGCAUAGGUCGUACUGGAACUUUCAUAGCUCUCAACUACCUGCUGGAGCAGGCUGCAGCGGAGAAUGUGGUAGAUGUGCUCCGCUGUGCUCAACUGAUGCGAGCAAACCGGGUGAACAUGAUUCAAACCCUGGAGCAAUAUGUGUUUGUGUAUGAUGCUGUCUUGGAGGCCAUCAUGGCAGGCAACACCACCAUACCUCGAUCGAGCUUCCAUAGCACAUAUGAAGAGAUGUUGUCACAUGAGGAUGGUGAGAAAUCAGCCAUGGAGAAGCAACAUGAGGUAUUGCAGAGACUGUCUCCUACUAUAGAGAGGGAGGAAUGCUCUGUUUCUUUGCAAGAUGAAAACAUGGCCAAAAACAGAUUCAAGAAUAUUCUGCCAGCGAAUCGCAGUCGUCCCUAUUUGUAUACGCCGGUGGAAGGCUGUAAUGAUUACAUAAACGCUGUUUAUUUGUCAGGCUACACCCAGAAGGACCAGUUCCUCGUCACACAGAUGCCCCUACCCACUACCGUAGCAGAUUUCUGGCGAAUGCUGUAUGAUACAACAUCUGACACAAUUGUCAUGCUGAAUGAGUUUGACAGAAAUGACAAGUCAUGUGCCUUGUACUGGCCAGAAGAGUAUGGUUAUACGGUGGAGCAUGGGUCUCUCAGUGUGGAGCUGUUGUCAUCUUCCGAGGCUGACAUUGAUGUCACAGUUAGGGUGUUUAAACUCAGCCACUUGGACAAG